GGAAAUGCAAUGUUUGGUCAUGCGUUUCGACAUUUUCUGCUAGCUGUCAGGUGACAAAGAAGACAUCGGUUGGUUUUGUAGUGUUUAUUUUAACUCCGGUAGGCUCCUACAUCUUCAGUGAAAGACUGAAGAGAUAUGGGUUGCAAAGGAGAACCAUGGUGAUAAUCAAUUCAGUACUCAAACUCCUGCAGAGACAGACCUACACCUGUCUGUCCCACCGCUAUGGACUGUACCUCUGCUUUGGAGGCAUAGUCCUUAUGAUCGUCUCUGCCUUUCAGUUUGGAGAAGUAGUGGUGGAGUGGAGUCGGGAUCAGUAUCAUGUGCUGUUUGACUCCUAUAGAGACAAUGUAGCUGGGAAAUCAUUCCAGACUAGGUUGUGCCUGCCUAUGCCCAUAGAUGUGGUUUACACCUGGGUGAAUGGCACAGAUGUAGACCUGAUGAAGCAGUUACGUGGUGUGAGAGAACAACUAGAGGAGGAACAGAGAGCACUGAGGGAACGGUUGGGGAACAAUUCAAGUGAUCCCACUGAAUUGCCAAAUGACAGGGGGAAGCCAGAAUGUUUGUUGUCUCAUUGUAUCUUGGCGCCCAUGCUGGUCCUGGACCCAGCUCUGUCGGCCAACGUGACUCUGAAGGAGCUGCCGUCGCUCUCGCCCUCCUUCUCCACUGCCAAGCAGCUGCUGCAAGUGACCAAGCCCCUCCAACCCUCCACGUCCGUGUCCGUGGUCGUCUUUCACUCUCAGGCUGACGCCAAUAAAGCCUAUUCCGAUGCGUCCCGUGAGGCUCUGAAGCGCUCUGUCUCCAGAUGUUACCUGACAACAGAUAAGGAAGCCCCAGGUCUGGUUCGCAUGCAUAGUCUUGCCUACCUCAGUGGGUUCCCAGCAUCCUUCAAGGAGACAGAGCAGCUCCGAGUCAAACUGCCAUCUGUUGUUACUGGCAAGAUCAAACAGUUCCAACUAUACACAGAGGCCAGUAUAGCCCUGCUCCAUCUGAACAGCCCCCAGGACUUUACUGAUCUGACCCAGCAGGCCAAAAAGAACCUGACCCUGGAUGGAAAAGAGCUGGCCAUCAGCCCUGCUUAUCUGUUCUGGGACCUAACUGCUAUCACACAGUCCAAGCAGGACGAAGACGUCUCGGCCAGUCGCUUCGAGGACAACGAGGAGCUGCGGUAUUCGCUGCGCUCUGUGGAGAAACACGCCCCCUGGGUGCGACACGUCUUCAUCGUGACCAAUGGGCAGAUUCCCUCCUGGCUGAACCUGGAUAACCCGCGUGUCUCUGUGGUAACACACCAGGAUAUCUUCCAGAACCUCACCCACCUGCCUACCUUCAGUUCCCCGGCCAUCGAGACCCACAUCCAUCGCAUCCCUGGCCUGUCUCAGAAGUUCAUCUACCUCAACGACGACGUAAUGUUUGGGAAGGAUGUGUGGCCCGACGACUUCUUCAGUCAUUCCAAAGGACAGAAGGUGUAUCUCACCUGGCCUGUCCCCAACUGCGCUGAGGGUUGUCCAGGCUCCUGGAUCAAAGAUGGCUACUGCGACAAGGCCUGCAACAACUCCGCCUGUGACUGGGAUGGCGGCGACUGCCUGGGAGCAGGGGGCAGCAGCCGCUAUGCGGUGGGUGGUGUGGGCGUGGGUGGAGCUGGUAAUCAGCCCUGGCAGUUCGCAGGAGGUCUAGGUGGGAUCGGGGGAGUGUCCUACUGCAACCAAGGCUGUGCCAAUUCCUGGCUGGCCGAUAAGUUCUGCGACCAAGCGUGCAAUGUCCUCUCCUGUGGCUUUGACGUUGGCGACUGUGGCCAAGAUCACUUUAACCAGCUCUACCGGGUGACCCUGCUGAAGAACCAGACCUUGUACACCCUGCCGGUGGGUGAGACCAGACCCUAUUUCAGCUUUGCCGACUUGGCACGCCGGGUGACCGAGGCCCAGGUCAGCGACAACCCCACCGUACGCCACACCUCCGUGGCCAACAAGUGGAAGACGAUCCACCUGCUCCUCCACUCGGGUCACAAUGCCUCCGUCGUCCACUACAACCUCAGCGUCCAGGGACUCGACAACAAGGACGUCCUGCUGAGCUUCAGCGUGGCUGUGGACACCCGCCAGCUCCCCCGGCCCAAUGUGACCGACCCGCUCCGUGAAAAUGGAUCCAAAGAGGCCAAGCCCGCCACCGCCCCCACUGAACCGGAGUUCCAUUUUGAGGAUGUCCCUCCGGAGAAACGAGGUCCCCGGGUCUUGAAGAGGCCUCCUGGGGAGAAAGAGGCGGUUGUGAAAGUGCCUGAUCUGAAUGUGUCCCUGCUACCGCCAGCUGUGCAGAGUGCGCUUCAGAGGCUAGAGGAAAAGCUAUUAGUGGGUGAUAUUACUGUGAAAGGUUAUAACCUCACCAAGGCUACACUACUGGGGCCAUACAAUGCUCUGGCCAAUCAGGUGGCAAGGUUACCACCAGUACCAGCUGAACAGGUCAAACCUCAGGACAAGCUUCAAGACGCCCCACAGCCAGUGGAGUCUAAACCGCAAGCACAGAAGUCUAAAGAUGCAGAGGAGCUGCAGCGUCUAUCCAACAUAGACGCUGACCAACAGAAAGCGCACAACCCUCCAACAACUUCCGUCCCAGUGCUGGUGGAUGGCGAGUUUCCCAAAGCUGUCAAAGCCCAGGACACCAGCAACACAGAUAAACCUCCCCCGUCUUCCAUGCUGCUGAGAACUCUAAAGGCCAGCAUGUCCAAAGCCAAGGCCUCAGACGGCCAAACUCAGCAGCUGCAGGCCAAUGGUGUCCCAAAGGGGGGUGACAAGGGACUUGAUGAGGGAGCAGAAGGGGGCUUGGGGGUUCCUCUGGGCAGGAAGCUGCAACACUACACCUCCUCAGACAGAGGCUUCCUGCCCUGGGAGAGACGGAAGUACUUCCAGGACCUGCUGGAGGAGGAGGAGCGUCUGCAGGGGGAGCUGGCAUACCAGGCGGAUGGCACCGCUGCCGGGAGGAGACUGCAGGACACCUUCGCCGACUCCCUUCGAUACGUCAACAAGUUGCUCAACGGCCAGUUCGGCUUCACCUCUCGCAAGGUCCCCGCCCACAUGCCCCACAUGAUCGACAGGCUCGUUAUGCAGGAGCUCCAGGACAUAUUUCCAGAGGAGUUUGCCCUGACAUCGUCGCACCGGGUGCGCCACUCCGAGGAUAUGCAGUUCGCCUUCUCCUACUUCUACUUCCUGAUGUCGGCGCUGCAGCAGCUCAACGUCUCGGAGGUGUUCGACGAGAUUGACACGGACCACUCUGGAGUUCUGUCCGACCGUGAGAUACGAACGCUGGCCACGCGCAUCCAUGAGCUGCCCCUUAAUCUACAGGAUCUGACUGGUCUGGAGCAGAUGUUGAUCAACUGUUCUAAGUCGCUGCCCACCAACCUGACCCAGCUUCAUGUUGUUAGCCCUACUCAGGAGGCAUACUACGACCCCAGCAUGCCUCCUGUCACCAAAGGUCUGGUGGUCCACUGUAAAGCCAUUACAGAACGUAUCCACAAGGCCUUCAGAGACCAGAACAAGUACAAGUUUGAGAUAAUGGGCGAGGAGGAGAUAGCAUUUAAAAUGGUGCGGACCAACGUAUCACACGUGGUGGGCCAGUUGGAUGACAUCCGGAAGAACCCUAGGAAGUUCAUCUGUCUGAAUGACAACAUUGACCACAGCCACAAGGACGCAGGGACGGUCAAGGCGGUGCUGAGGGACUUCUAUGAGUCCAUGUUUCCCCUGGCCUCCCAGUUUGAGCUGCCCAGAGAAUACCGCAACCGUUUCCUCCACAUGGGAGAGCUUCAGGAAUGGCGGGUGUAUCGGGACAAGCUGAAGUUCUGGACCCAUUGUGUGCUGGUGACUCUGGUGAUCUUUACUGUCAUCUCCUUCUUUGCUGAGCAGCUGAUUCUACUGAAGCGCAAGCUGUUCCCCAGACGGAGGGUCAGCAAGGAUGUCAACCCAGAGCGUGUGUGAAAAAGGGAACACUUAUGUACCUCAGCGACCUCCUCCCCACCCCUGUGCCCUCCUCCCCCCACCCUCCUUCUCAACCUCUUCUUGACUGAACUCCCAGAAUUCAUUGGGAGGACCUUUUAAGUGGCAUGUGGAGAGUGAGGACGGCUCUACCUAAAUCUGGAAACACUGUCACCCAGGAAUGCAUCUGUCUUGCUCAAGGAGGAACUCUUGUAAAUGGCAUCAAUCACAGGUCGUAUUUUCGAUGAGGGACAGGCAUCACCUGGCCGGGACAGAUGCAGGAGCUCUGUCAUCUGAUGUCGGCCCAGCGGAGGAAGCAUGUAAAGCCAUGAACCAGGACCUUGUAUUCCCUUCCACCAGAGGUGCCAGAGGGACUUGAUUCCCACAAGCAGUUCACUCGCCAGACUGGAGGACAAUGACUGAACUAUGUGCUAACGACUGCUCCAGUCAGUGUGAUUGAUUUACUGUUAAACCCAUGACCUGGAAGCAAUUGAGGGGAAGACUAUAUUUUCUCUGGUCUGGGUUUGCAGCAUUGUAACCUUGAAAAAAAUGUCAGCAGUUUGGCUGGACACGGAAGAAAACAAGGGACUGGGAAAGGGUUCAUCAGAUAAACAGGAACAGUGCCAUUUUACCAGUUUCAUCAUGUCACUCCAGUUCAUUGCUGUCACUCCAGUUCAUCAAGUGCCUUAAAAAUAGAUGGCUGUCUGAUAGUCUGAAGUAACUGCUAGUGAGUCUUCACAUUUUGCUUCCUUAAAAUGCCUGGCUAAAGGGUACAUUGACAGAUUUCUCAUUGUUUCCUGGGGGGGUGGGGGUUAGGUUUGGCAGUCAUAACAGCUUUGAAUAAUAAUUUUGAAUUAGAUUAUAGGGCAUUUAUAAUUUAUGGCAAAUGCCCUCACUUUUUUUUUGCAUUAAAUACAACAUAACCCAA